CAAAACGUCACAUUGACAGAUUAUAAAAAAUACAUGCAAAAUAGUAAAGGUUAUAUGCGAUAAUAUUGAAAUUACGACCCUCUUAUCCAUCGUUAUUUAUUAAAAGUAAUUGAAAUAUGUUGGCCCAAGGAUUUAAUUUUGUUUUGAGGAGCUUCUUGAAUUCUGAUGUGGAGCCUACAAGAGUGUUGGAUGUCAAUAUUGAUGUGUAUAGUUCUCGAGAUGUUUUAUAUAGGGAAGAAAGCUUAGUGCUUUAUGGACCCUCAAACAGUAAAAAAGAUAAAGCACAUUUUGAAAUAGUUAUGAACAAGCCUUAUACUGAGAGCCUUCAUCAAGCAUAUAGUUUAUUUAGAGCAGAUGUUAAGGAAGAUGCAGAAAACAAGUUUGUUUGUCUCAAAGAUAAAGUUCCAAUACUUAUUGAUGUCUGCAAAGAGAUGGCCAAUGUACACAGUCUGCAGAAAUUGUGUGACAUUCUGACAGAACAUCCAGAAUGGACACUUGCUCAUUUAGCAGCUCAUUUUGGAUUGAACGAGGCUUUCGAUCAUUCGGCGGUAAACAGUCAAUUAAACAGCAGCGAUGUGUUAACAGGAAUGUCGCCAUUGCAAGUCGCUAUAUCGACAAACAAUCUGCCAACAGUUAAACGUAUGAUAAGCGCAAAAUGCUCUCUGGAACAUUUGGAUCAUGAAGGAAAUUCAGUUUAUCACUAUGCAGCUAAUACAAAUAAAGACAUUAUCUCGAUGUUGACCCAAGGAUCAACACCUCGAUGCAUGAAUGCGCGUAAUCAUCAGGGCUAUACGCCAUUACAUAUUGCUUGUUUAGCCGAUAAACCCGAAUGUGUUAAAGCUUUGCUGUUGGGUGGAGCCGAUGUGAACAUCGCAGCUAAUUGCCAGAAUGAUUGCAACACGCCUCCAAUUCCACCAGGCUACGUUGGGAAUUAUCUUCAGGAUCAUCCUAACGUUCUCUCUCCGCAGGAUAUGAAAUUUGGAGGUACUCCUCUACAUUGGUCGUCUUCUCGAUUGGUUAUCGAGGAGUUGGUUGAUGUUAAAUGCGAUAUAAAUGCAUUGAAUUUCGACAAACAAACCGCUCUGCACGUGAUGGUAAUCAGGAAGCGUUUGGAAUGUGUUGUGGCUCUUUUAAGCCGUCAAGCUGAUUUAGAUAUGGGAGAUUGUGAUGGUAACAGACCCAUUCAUUUGGCAAUCCAAACCGGGAACAUUCCAAUUAUUCAAAGUUUAAUCGUGUUCGGGGCGAAUUUAGACGUCCUUAACAACAAAGGUCAAACCCCGAGACACAUGAUGACUCGCGAACAAGAAAAUAAAUUAUUAUAUUAUCUGCAUGCUGUGGGGGCAGCUAGAUGUCCGCCAGACAUGGUCGACUGCACCGAUGGUUGCAAGGCUAAUGGUACUUUUAAUGGUAUACCACUGCCAGAUGUUAUGGGACCUACGAAUCGGGAUAUUUUAAAUCAAAUGCUUUCUGUAGCUGCACUGGAUAUUGCUGCACAUAGAAAGCCAGAAGGGAGUAAAGGUCGUUUGCUAUCCUUAGACGGCGGAGGUAUUCGUGGAUUAGUAUUGAUCCAAAUGCUGUUAGCUAUUGAACAAGCUACAGGAAAACCUCUUAAUCAUUGUUUCGAUUGGGUAGCAGGAACGAGUACUGGAGGAAUCCUUGCAUUGGGUAUAGCUUCGGGCAAGAAUAUGAGGGAAUGCUUGUGCUUAUACUUCAGAAUGAAGGAGUUGACUUUUGUCGGCAUAAGACCGUACCCAAGUGAGGCACUUGAGAAUGUGCUGAAGGACACGUUCGGCACAAAAACCGUGAUGACCGAUAUCAAAUAUCCAAAAGUGCUGGUCACCGGAGUUUUGGCAGACAGGAAACCGGUUGAUUUGCAUUUAUUCCGAAAUUAUCAAUCGGCCAGCGAUUUAUUGGAUAUUAAGGUAGAAGGACCUUACCAAAAUCCGGCGAAACCAGAUGAACAAUUAGUUUGGGAAGUUGGAAGAGCUACAGGUGCCGCUCCAACAUACUUCAGGGCGUUUGGGAGGUUCUUGGAUGGUGGCUUGAUUGCCAAUAAUCCAACGUUAGAUGCAUUGACAGAAAUUCAUGAAUUAAACCUAGCUCUUCGUGCAGUCGGAAGGAAAGACGAAGUUACAAAUUUGAGUGCCGUGGUUAGUUUAGGCACAGGCCUCAUUCCCGUUACUGAAUUGAAAGUUGACGUUUAUAGACCAGAACGACUUUGGGACAGUGUUAAAAUGGUUGUUGGUAUAUCAGCCUUAGGUGGUCUGCUCGUAGAUCAGGCCACAGCCAGUGACGGUAGAGUUGUUGAUCGCGCCCGAGCUUGGUGUUCCUCUAUUGGUGUACCGUACUUCCGGUUUACACCUCAGAUGUCCGAAGACAUAUCAAUGGAUGAGAAAUCCGACGAGAAACUAGUCAAGAUGCUCUGGGAAACUAAAUCUUAUAUGCAUGAAAAUCAGCACGUCAUUAGGGAACUUGCUAAUUUAUUAACGAAUUAAUUGCAUAUGUGCACACGUAAAAUUAAUUGAAAAUAGCAUCAAGAAGCAACUAAACCAAAAAAACUAAAAUGUAGAUUUAGAUAUAUUAUAUAUAAAUAUGAUUUUACAAUUUAUUUUAAA